AUGGAACAACUACAGGAUCCGGUUAUGCAAGAAGAUGCAAAUAUUAAAGCUAUUAAUGAAGAAUACAGGAAAGCCUUUCUUUUUAUUAAUAAAGGACUGAAUACAGAUGAAAAGGGUCAGAAGGAAGAGGCAAGAGGUUAUUAUGAGCAAGGACUUGACCACUUACUCCGAGGAAUUAGCAUUCCAUCGCAGGGUCCUGCAUGUGUAGGGUCCCAGUGGGAGUCUGCCAGGCAAAUGCAACAGAAGAUGAGGGAGACCCUCCAAAAUGUUCAUGCGCGACUUGGCAUUCUGGAACAAAACACCGCACCUGUGCAAGCAGGGCCUGCCGCCAUGGAUGCCUCUGCUGGGGUGCCCAAGUUGUACCCAUCCAUCCCUUCCAAAGAAAAGCCGAAAAGACCCCCCGCCCCCAGUUCUCUGCUUGUACCAAGUCGGCCAGCUGCAGCAGAUGGAAGUGCUGCAACCGUGAGCCAGGGGCAACUGCCAGCUACAAGUCCAUCAGCUGCAAAACCUCUUUGUCUGCCAAAUGAAGCACCUCCUGCCUAUACUCCUCAAGCUACCAAUGGCCAUUUUACUGUGUCUUACGGCACAGACUCUGGGGAGUUUUCUUCCGUAGGUGAGGACUACUAUAGUAAGUGUACUCAGCCACCUCCUCUUGAAAACCUGGGAGUGGAUGCAGACGAGCUUAUCUUGAUUCCCCAAGGAGUACAGAUUUUCUUUGUGACUCCUGAUGGACAGGUCAGUGCUCCUUCAUAUCCUGGAUAUCUACGCAUUGUGAAGUUCUUGGAUACAGAUAGUGGGACAGCCCAGAAUCGUCCACCUGCAUUUCUUCAGGUUUGUGACUGGUUGUAUCCUCUGAUGUGUAACCAGUCUCCUGUUCUGUGCUGCAAUACUGGAGUCUACAUGUUCCCUGACACCAUGUCUCAGAUACCAGGCUCCUAUGUGGGAGUAGUGUUGUCUUCAGAACUUCCAGCAGGUGACAGAGAGCUGUUUGAGGAUCUCUUAAAGCAGAUGUCUGACCUUCGAAUCCAGGUGCCAGGAUCCCAUGAGAGAGUAGGGUUAUCUUCAGAGCUCCCAGCAACUGAGAGCGCGCAUUUUCAAGAUAAAUUUAAACAGAUGUCUGGCCACAAAGUCCAGCCUUCAGAAGCCUCUAGUGAUGCAGUUAACUUGCCUCAGACUGUGCAUAUCCAACCACAACCCGAAGGAGCAGAAAAUCAAAAAGAGUUGCCAGAAUGGAGUGAGAAAGUUGCCCAUGGAAUCUUGUCAGGUGCAUCUUGGGUAAGCUGGGGCCUAGUGAAAGGAGCAGAAUUUACUGGUAAAGUUAUCCACAAAGGAGCUUCUAAACUACGAGAACACAUUCAACCGGAAGAAAAACCUCUGGAAGUCAACCCAACUGUAGCAAAGGGGCUUCAUGUAGCAAAACAGGCUACUGGAGGAGCUGUGAAAGUCAGCCAAUUCUUAGUUGAGGGAGUGUGUUCUAUAGCAAGCUGUGUUGGAAAGGAGCUGGCUCCACACGUGAAGAAGCACGGCAGCAAAUUAGUUCCAGAAGCCCUUAAGAAAGAUAAAGAUGGCAAAUCCACUUUUGAUGGUGCUCUGGUGGUAGCAGCAAGUGGAGUUCAAGGGUUUUCAACAGUGUGGCAAGGUUUAGAAAGUGCAGCAAAGUGCAUUGCUAAAAGUGUUUCAACGGAGACUGUAAAAACUGUCAAAUACAAGUAUGGAGAUGAUGCUGGCCAUGCUACAGACAACGCUAUGAAUUCUGCAAUCAAUGUUGGUAUGACAGCAUUUAACAUUGACAAUAUUGGUAUCAAAGCUGUUGUAAAGAGAACUGCAAAGGAAACCGGCCAUGCUGUGUUAGAUGAGUAUAAAGUGUUGGAUAAAGAGAAGAAGGAUAAAAAAUGAAAGCAAUUAAAUAUUUCACAAAGCCUUACAUUAGAGAUGAAACUUCCUAUUUAGAAGUAACUACAUUGCUAAUCUGCGAUACAGCACAAAAUCACACUGUACUUUUCAAGCAACUGUUACUUAAUUUGACAUGAAAAUGUAAAAGUAGGGAGGAUAUUUGUAGAAGGGAAAAAUGAAAGUUGUUUUAACAUCUUGUUCUGUGUUG